AUGGCAACUAAAUAUGACACCGAGCUGAGGGACUUCCCCAGCCUCUUCUCUUUGAAGGGGAAGGUCGUCGUUGUGACCGGUGGCAGCAGAGGUCUUGGUUUAUCCGCAGCUUCCGGUUUGCUCCAAGCUGGAGCAUCCAAAGUCUACAUCACAUCUCGCAAAGCCGCUGCCUGCGAAGAGGCGGUCAAAACCCUCAAUGCUCUUCCUAAUCUUGCCCCCGGCGCAAAGGCCAUCUCCGUCCCAGCGGACAGCUCUACGUUCGAAGGUGUGGAGCAAUUGGUGAGGGAUGUGAGCAAGACGACCGAUCACGUCGAUAUAUUGUUUGCAAACGCGGGUGCUACAUGGGGAGAGGCUUUCGAUACGCAUCCAGAUGCGGCCUUUGCCAAAGUAAUGGACUUGAACGUUAAGAGUGUUUUCAACACCACCCGAUUGUUUGCACCUCUGCUUCAAAAGAGGGGCACUAUCGACGACCCAUCAAGAAUCAUUAUUACUGGGUCGGUAGCUGGUAUUGGUAUUGGCACACUUGGGGCAAACGCUACAUUUGGUUACUCAGCGUCCAAAGCUGCAGUCAUCCACCUCGCCAACAAUCUUGCUGUUGAGUUAGGACCCAGACAUAUUCUGGUCAAUUCUAUCGCUCCCGGCUUCUUCCCCAGCAAAAUGGCCAGCGAAUUGAUCAAGAAAACCGGUGGUUUCGAGGCCCACGCCGCCAGGAACCCAAACAAGAGAUUGGGCAAGCCCGAGGAUAUUGCGGGACUGGUAGUAUUCCUCUCCAGCAGGGCGAGUUCGCACAUCAAUGGUGCUACAAUUACUGUGGACGGAGGCGAGGUGUGGUCAAGAGGGGGAAUGGGCAAUACGCAGGCUGAGACAGCUAAGCUGUAG